CUUCCCUGACUUUGGUCAACUCACCGCCAAACUUGCUGACCCGGCCGCGUGCCUGCGUAGGGCACUAGUCUCACUAGCCACGUGCACCGGUGCCCAUGGCUGUGUCAUAUGUCAGGGUCGCGAACGGCAUGAUACAAGACGACGUCGGCGCCGUUGGCGCGUCCACUCGGUUGGUCGUCGCCGUCCUCUGACCUGUUUUGAAAGCGCCGGACCAGAUCGCAGACCGGAGUUUGGGUCCAGAGAUUUAGUUAUCAAAGGAAAUUGCCCUCGCCUUGAUUCAAGGUCACUCCUCGUAGUGUUGCAUAGACCUAGUUCGUGACAAAGGACCCAAGAAAGAGCAGGACAGUAGUUCAACAUGGGUUUCUUCCACCUCCACCGCGCGAGCAGCUCCUCGGCCUCAUCCGCGCUCUCGCCAUCCCCCUGCAGCACCCCACGCACCAGCACCGACUCGGCCUCCGACUACAUGGCGGCGACCAUGAAGCCCCCCGCGCCGAGAACCUCCCUCGAAGACCUCCCCUUCGAACUCCUCCAGCACGUCGCAUCCUACCUCGACGACUUCUCCGCCGCCAAGUUCUGUCUCUCCAGCCGCCGCAUCUGCUUCGCCACCGGCACCCACCGCCUGGCGUCCUACCUCGCCAGCGCACCAAGCCGCAUCGACGCACGCCAGCGCCUCACCGAGACCGUCGAGCGCGCGCUGCCCGGCGCCUGGCUCUGCGCAUGGUGCGACGCAUUCCACCCAUGGAGCGCCUCCGACUCGCCCACGCGCCCCUCCUCCCUGCCGUGCGCACACUACAACUCCGCCCUCGCCUCCCCGCCCUACACCCUGCAAUACGCCCACCUGCGCCUCGCCCUCGCCGCACACGCCCACGGCCCGGCCCACGGCCUCCCCCUCUCCGCCCUAACCCACUCCUCCUCCGCCCCCGCAACCCUCUUCCGCACCCCCGUCCCCACCACCACAUCCCACACCCCGCGCAUCGCAAACGCCCGCCUCUACCUCCACUCAUCCACAGCCCUCACCCUGCCCCCCUGGGCCGCCGCCUCCCCGCGCCUCGCACACGCGCUUUUCCCCCUCCUCUCGCCCGCGCUGACGCAGCACCGCGCGUCGCACUCGCACACGGGCCUGCUCGCUGCGCUGGACAAUGUGGUGCGUCGGGGGUGGAGCGUGGGAACGCGCGGGUGCGGAGAGUGCGCGUCGGACUGGAGCGUCGAGAGCGUAAGGGUGCCCGGGGGCGUGCGGGUGGUGGUGAGUGUGUGGCGGGAUUUGGGGCAAGGGGAGGGGCCGUUUGAGGGCGGGUGGCGGGCGCAUGGGGGGUGGAUUGCGGGGGUUGAGGGGGGGAAGGGGGGCGUGGUGGAGGGGAGUGUGAGGGCGGCUUUUGAGGGCGCUGGGGAGGGGGAAGGGGGGGAUGAGGAGGUGGGGGAGGGUGUGUGGGAGCGGUUGGCGUAUUCGUGGCAGUUGGAGCGGCGGAGGGAGGAGGCGCGGGAGAGGGAGGUGGAGUGGCGGGCUAUUUGGCGAGAGGAUGCGGAGACCACAGGAACGCAGAAACGCAGAAACGCAGAAACGCAGAAACGCAGAAACGCAGAGUCGCAGACACCGCAGACACCGCAGACACCGCAGAUACCGCAGACACCGCAGACAAUCCUCCAAGAACGCAUCAAGAGCCCAGGCAGAACGCGUCAAGAACGCAGAAGACAACGUCGACAGCAGAGAUAUCCCCCACAGCAAAUAUUUCCCGCAGCAGACCUAGACCCGUCCAGCACCGUCCUGGAUGAUAUCAGCACCGUCUAA